CAACACGAUGCACAUGAGCUGAUGCAUUCACACAGGAAGUCACCACACAUCCACACACAACACGCACACACACACGCUCCACACACACAUCCAUCGAGAGAGAGAGAGAGGGAGGACUGACCGGACACCAAGCGAGUGCUUCGCCAAGGGUCCACGAAGGUCUGCAGAUCUGCCGCCCAUGCACCGAACUGCCAUCACGUCAGCCCAUCACCCUGGCACACACUGCAAAGACCGCUCAGCCCCCACACUCACUCACUACCACCAGAUCUCUCUCGACUGCGACGUAACCAGCCAGCUGUACAGACCGAAAAACUCCCUCAACGACCACAGCUCAGUGCAGUCAACAGACAUGGGUAUCACGCAGCCCUCUUGACAGGCUUGGUCUCUUCCUGGGGCAGCCUAGGAGGGGCAGCAGCAGCCGCAGGGGAAGGGGUCGCCUCUCGCGGCUGUGAUGGGGACAGCAGGGAGGGCAUGGAGGGGAGUGCGGGACUGGCGGCGGCGACGCUCUUCAUGCUGCCCAGGUUGUAUCCGCCCGCCAUCGUCAUGGCCGUCGAGAACAAGAUGAUGACGACCACGCCAGUUUUGCCGGGUUUGAACAUGCCCCUGUUGAGCAGAUACUGGGUCUUGAAGUAUCUGUAGGCGCCAAAAGUGACGAAGCCGCAUCCCGUCGUGAGGCAGAUGGCUGAAGAGAGGCAUGGGGUGAACGCACCCGCUUGAAACGGCAGGGCCGCCUGCUCGUCAGGGGCUGCAGCAGGGGAGGCACCAGCUCGGCACUGUGUCGAGAGGUCGCUCCGCCGCCUCAACAACUCGAAAUAGAACUCCUGCAUCAAGCAACAGAGGACAACAUUGUUGUCCCCCGGACAUGGCAUGGCGCAUCUCUGUCUUCCUUCACCCUCCUUGCCUUGCCUGUAUGCCGAGCCCGAAAGCGAUGAAGGCCAGCCCCGUCCGACCCCAGGCUAAGAAGGUGCGCUCAUUGGCUGCACACGACGCACGCAAACCACACCCUCGUGCUGUGCCGGCGCUGCUGCCAAUCGUAAUUGUCUGUCUGCUCACCGAGAUGGUCUCUGGCGACGCUGCCUUCAUUCUUGACGGCCCCAGCCUCGACAAAGUACCGCAGCAGCGCAUCCUUGGUCCUCCGCACGGCCAUGUGCAGCAGAUCUUCAGCAGUCGGUCACAAUGUGGCGUCGUCAUGAAUCAUGCCGACUCGGGUUUGCAAGGCGCAGGUUCUGAGUCACGCAUCAGACCGUCGCUUUGGCGGC